AUGAAGCGCCGCGGGUCCGCCUCCGUGCUACUGCUGCUGCCGCCGCUGCUGAAGCUGCUGGUAGGGACAGCCACAGCGGCUCCGCUGACGCUCAGACCCUCCAGGGAGGAGCUGACCCGCUGUCUGGCAGAGGUGGUCACAGAGGUGCUGACACUGGGCCAGCCCCAGAGAGGACCCUGCAUGGUUCUCCUCCACAAAGAGAUGUGCAAGACAGAGCCCUACGGCUGUGUGUCUGCUGAGGAGAAAGGUCUGCUGGGCAAGGAUUUCAAGGAGGAGGAGGCUGGCAAGACAAGGUCCAGCCAGGAGGUGAGGGACAAGGAAGAGGAGGAAGAGGAGGCAGCAGCAGAGAGCACCCACAAGUCUGAGGUCCGGGAGCAGGCCAUCCACGAGCAGCUCCACAGCCUGCUCCGCCAGGAAGACGAGGAGGAGGAAAAGAAGAGGAGGGGGCCCAUGGAAGCCUUAGAGGACAUGAGGAAGCAGCCGCGUGUAGAGAGCGGAGGGAACCCCCAGAAACGGGUGGCGGAGAAAGCUAGCGACAAGGAGACGGUCCAGUUUGAGGCAGAGGAGAAGGGGGUGCAGGUGCUGGGCAGGGGCCGCAGCCUGUGGCAGGGGGGGGCCGGCAGAGGUGAAGGAGAGAGGCACCAGGACUCGCUGUACCACCACCACCACCACCAACUCCAGCCGGAAGCUGAGCCCAAGGAGAAGGAAGAGGCUUCCGAGAGGGAGGAACAUGACGUGGAGCGCCUGGAGCAGUUGAGAGAUGAGCUGAAGAAGGCGACGGAGAUGCUAGGGGAGGAACUCAGGAAGGAGGGCUGA